GGAUCACCUCCGAUCCCCCACACAGGGACUCUGAAGUCCCUUCCCUUCCUGGAAAUAACUUUAAGAAGGUUUAAGCUGAGUGUGGUCUGACAGGGAGCAUUACACCAUGUAAGCCGCCCCGCACGCUUUACAUGUAAACAGCUGAGUCCUGGUGGCAAGUUCCCUCGUCGCUCGUUAGAGAGAGGUGGCGGCUCGUUUUCGCUCGGAUCAUGCCUCUCAAGUACCUGAGGAAACGGGGACUUGUCUUGAAGAAGUGGACCUUCAGGCACUUUGGACGUCUUAAGAGAAAGAAGCGUUCCUCCAGCCCCUCCAGUAACGAGUCAUCCCCGAGCCAGCGGAGGAAACAGGAGGACGACCAGGGCACCGUGGCCGCUGACGAUGAGUUUGACUUCCCCAAUAUUGAGGCUCACAAGUUGGACACCAGUGUUGCACGAGGCAAGGCGGAACUGAGCAAGAGAAGAUCGACAAAGCCUCGCCGCAAACCCACCCGCCAGCGGAGCACCAGCGGCAACGAGGACAGCAACGACUUUGGCUUCUCCAUCGCACCUGAGGCUAAAGAGAACAGGCAACCUGCCAUCUCUAACGAGCUGAAUGGCAGUGUGGACAGUCUGGACAGGGACGAUGUCUUCAACCAGAACACGGUCGCGGCAUCCGUGUCGCCCAACCGCCAGCCGUCCGCGGCGUCUGCGGCCUUGGGUGAGAGACUGCCGUCCCCCGACUGGGUCACCGUGUCAUUCGCCCAGGGACAGGAGCCUCAGAUGUCCCCCACCAAGCCUCUGACAGAACCCUCUCCUAAGGCAUCGCCCAAUCGCAGCCCCCGUAGCUCCCCCAUUCCUGCAAAAGAGGUUUCCAAAGAAGACCAACCUCAGUCUUCUCCUGCCUGGACCAAAAUCAUACACAGUUCCAGCCAGGACUCUAAAGGUUCAUUGGUUAAGCAACAGUCUAUGCCAGAGCCAGCCGGUGACCCGUUGUCCCCCGAGUGGACCACCAUCACCCACAGACAAAGUGUGCAGGAGAGACACACGAUCAGCAGCAAAGUCAAAGGCUUUGCCCUGCCAGGUCUGACAUCAGGGGGCUCCAGUCGCAGCGGUUCCAACAAGCCGUCCCCCGCCAGCCCCGAGCACUUCCUGCAGUCCCCCACCGCGGGGUCACCCCAGGCCAGACCCGCCGCCUCACCCACCAAGACAGGUGUGCUCAUACCUGGACUAGAGGAACUGGAGUCAAGCCCUGUCAAGCUGAAGCAUACUCCAACUAAAGAGAAGUAUCCCUCCCCACCUGAAGAAGCCACUGUACCAUCCUGGGCUAAGGACACACAGCUGAAAAAGGUGAGAACACCUGAGGAGAUGUCCCCACCUGAGGAACCAGAAGAGAAGGAGGGGCCGUGGACGAAACAGGCUCAGCUCAAGAAGGUGGAGAGCCCUCCCUCCAAGGAAGAUGAUGAAGAAAUGGCCAAGGAAAACGAACCACCCGAGCAAGACUGGCGAGCUCGACUGAAGAAGUCCUUCAAGUCUGGUGGCAAGGACACGAAGAAGGAGAAAACACAGGAGAAAGCCGCCCCAGACUGGGCAAAGAAGGCGGAAGAGAAAACCAAGAGGAUGCAGACGAUGGUGGAAUCCAGCGCCGAACGAGAAAAAUCCGCAGAAAGAGCUGCUCCCGACUGGGCAAAACAGGCAGAAGAGAAAACAAAACGGGUCCAAACGAUCACCGAGCUUAGCAAGGAGAAGGAGGUAGAGCGGGCUGCGCCAGACUGGGCAAAACAGGCGGAAGAGAAGACCAAGAGGGUUCUAGACAUCGCUGAGAGCUCCAGAGACAAGCAGCCGGAUCAGAGCACGCCUGAGUGGGCCAACAGAGCCAAGCACAUGACGGCCAGAGUCAAGAGUAACAAGGUGCUGGUUGAACUGGAGACGAAGAAGGAGAACAGUAAUGUGGAGACGAACCUGCCGCCGCUGAAACAGCUGGCAAGAACGCCAGAGUCGAACGGAGAGUUCGACGCGAGAAACGGAGACAAGACAGGGUCGUGGUUCUCGGAAACGAAGCUAAAGAAGACAAGGCCAGGAAGCGGGAGCGGAGGCGGCACCACCGAGUCGGCGAAAAGCCCCUCGUGGAUCGAACAGUCGAGGAAGAAGUCGCAACGCUGCAAUGCCCUGAUUGAAACGGCAGACCCAGAGAAGCGCCUGGAGAGGAAGCUGUCUGGAUCGGCUGAUGAGGAGCCAAAAGCGCCGUUUGUAAGAGAGGUUUCUCUGAGAAGCAGAAAAAAUUCAGACAAGAGCGGCGGAGACAUCUCUCCGGGGGAACUGGCGCAGAUACCGGAUUGGAAGGUGCAGCUCCAGAAACGUAAGAAGGAACAGGGGGCCGCAGAGGAAAAUCAGAGUCGGACCCCCACCACCAUUCCCCCCGAUCUCCAGUCAAACAUAGAGAAACAAUAUCAGGUUUCGAAAUCGGCCGAAAACCUUUUAGACGUCGAGAGAGCAUUUAUAGACCCUCCCAGAUGUUCUGAAACGAAACCUUCUGUGGAAAGUGAAAAAACAGACUCCUGCACAAAAGAGAAAGUGACUAGAGUAAAAAGUUGUCCUGAGAAUGACCCAGAAAAGGAAAUUCAUCCCGUCAAGAAGUUAUUCAAACAGUUCAGCGCCCAUUUCUUUACCGCCAAGGCUCCAGAGGUCAGAGGUGACCCGGGCACUAAGUCUCACCUGGAUGAGCUGAAGGGGAGAGACUCGCAGGUUUCCGCCCAGCCUGUGGAGGAACCUGUCUGGAAGAAGGAGAUCAGGAGACGGAAGAGCCAAGUGCGGCACGAGGGCUACACCGAGCCUUCUGAGCCGUCAGCCACCUCCCCUCCCACCCUUCCUCCUGGAAAUGUUCCAAUGCCCCCAAAGUCUAAGGAAGCAGAGGAGCCCCCACCCGAGCCUGCGUGGAAGCGUGAGCUGUCCCGCCGCAGACGGGAGGGACGGUACCAGACCCAGAUCAUCACCAGCGACAGCAAGGACUCGCCCGACAGCCCCGCCAACUGGCUUCAGAAACUUCGCUCCAGGCCCCAGUCCGCCGCACCAAGUGUUGACCUGACAACAAGCAUGCAGGCAGAGCCAGUCUGGAAACAAGAGGCGGAGCGCAAGAGAAACAGGUUCCAAACUGCGCUGGCCGAGAACCUCAGCUAACAUCGGGGAGACCACGCCUGCCCUGUCAGCCACCGACCUGCAACAUUCCCAUAUAUGGACUUAUGGUUGCUUCACACAAGCCAUAUACAUGUGUCAAGGUACUUAUUAUAAGUAAAAAUGCCUGGCAAAAUACGCUACGUACGUACUGUCACCAAAUUUGAAAUCUGUUUUCGAACUUGAAAUAACUAUAUUUGAAUGUAGUCCUAUCAAAUUGAAAGCUUUUCAUGGGAAGAACAGUAUCUAUUAAUCUUUCUUGGUACUAGCUAUACACACAGGAGCAGAAGUAUAAACAGUAUGAUAUAUGAACGUUAUGUCCUAGUAUUUAACAAACUGGACAUUCUUUAAAUGUCUGGAUUCUAAUGUACAUGUAUGCACUGUAACCAGGACAAUGCUGGUGAGAAACGUUGCAAGUGGGAAGGUUACUUGUUAGGGACAGAGUAUGGGGAACACUGUUGGGCCCUGUGGGUAGUUUUCUUUUUUAAAUGUCAUUCUUUAUUGUUCCAAAGUUCAUUCUUCAUUGUUUGAAAGAGAAAGACAAUACAAAGGACACGCAUGGCAUAAAAAAGCAAUGUGACAAUAUUUGACAAUAAAUAGAAACAAUUUAUUAAAUGAAGACAUUUCCAUAUAAAAAAUAACUGACUGGCUGUCCCCAUUCUCAAACAUAGUUUUGCCUGUUUUUCUAGAAAUAAUACUUUCUGAGUGUGAAAUAAAAACUUAAGAACUUACACUUUUUGAAGAUGGUUUACUGAAAAGAAACAAGAAAAUGAACUACUUAACGAUUGGCUCAGUAUCUUGAGCUGUAUUUUCGAAAAUUUACCUGUUUCACCAUAAUUUAAAAGAAAUGCCAACAAAUGUCUUCACACAUAGCACAAACAAGUCCGUCCUGGUUCGAUUCCCAAAAAGUUACCAAAAUCCGUUCAACAAGUUUGAGUGUAGCCUAAGGUUUCUUUUCUAUCCAUGAUAUGUGUUUGGGU